GAAAAGUCCAGGCAGCUGAGCACAAAGGGCCAACUUUAGUUUUUCAUGGGUGGCUAGACAGUUGGCUCUAGUAGAAAAAUUAAUUAAAGGAUAGUCUCCCUCUGCCUCCAAGUGGGAGGACAGGUCCUGACUGUUGUUUGUGCUUAUGCAUCAAACAGCAGUUCAGAGUACCCACCCUUAUUGGAGUCCUUGGAGGGGAUGUUGGAGAGCACUUCUUUCGGGGACUCCCUCGCUCUGCUGGGCGACUUCAAUGCUCAUGUGAGCAAUGACAGUGAGACCUGGAGGAGCGUGACUGGAGGGAACGGCCCUCCUGAUUUGAAUCCAAGUGGUUUCUAGACCACAAUUUAAUUUAGUUCAAUUCAGUUCAGGUCUGUCCUAUGAUCUUGCUAUUGUUGGUCUUGCUAGUACAGAGCUUGUGUCAUUGUCAUGUUUUUAAUGAAAUGUAGUCGCACUUUGGAUCACCUAACAGACGCCAUGUCUGACGUAGUUUAUUUGUAGUCAGUGAGCUGGCCAGCACCAGUCAGCACAGCACAGUGGCGGUGUCCACUGUCUUAGCUGCUAACUGAUCUGACUUACUGGCAGAAAGGCAGACCAAGCUCUUGGCACUUUAUUUGUUUUCAUGUCUUUCAGUCACGAACGACCUCCAUUUAAACUUGGAAUGGCCAUUUUAAGUGAUUUCUAAAUCAGGAGCCAUCAGGAGGUGGAGGUGAUAAAGCUGAGAGGAGAUGCAGGUGACCAGUGGGUGUAAAAUCUAUCAAGGGAAUAUUAAAGAUGUGAGAAGAAGAAGAAAAAAUAUAUAAAAUAAUAAAUAAAUAAAAAACUUCAGCUGCUUGCUGUAAAAUUAUUGUCAGAUUAAAAAAAAGAAAAAGAUAGUUGAGAAAAAUGUACAAAAGACCUUGAGAAGGCCAUAAGGGUUAAACAAAUGUACCCUGAGCUGUAUGACGAGAUGAAGGACCCACCCAGACUGGCAUGUACAGGAAGAGGGCGGGAUGUAUUUUGGGCCCCAACAACAACCAGCGGAGACUCAAACAAAUCACUGAGAGGUACGAUGAUGGAAACUUCUCGUCACUGUCUGCUCUGUAAGUAGAAAACAUGCAUGUUUGUUUUAUUUACCCAGAAAUACUUUACUCAUGCUGAUCUGGACCAAUUAAAACGGGUCAGAUGAGAAACACAUGAUGAUUUGUUAGUUAAACAGGAACUUUAGAAAGAUUUCCAGGCUAGUAUAGAAAAAACCACAUAACUGCACAGAAUCACAGUUUAAUGUAAACUAGUGAAAGAAGCUUGUAAAGCAUGAAAAAUAGAAACAGUUUUAUUUGUUAAUAUUAAAGAUAGAAUCACAUCUGAACACAAACUGCUGAAUAUUAAUGACAAUACUUUUUUAAACACAUAUACAUUGUUAUAAUGUUUAAUCUAUAAGGAAUAAACAUGGUAAUAUUAAACAACAAACUUCUAGUUCUGGCUAAGUGUAUUUUCAGUCACAGGUAAUGAAAAUUGGUGGAAGUAACAUCGACUGAACAUCUUUUCCUGUUUGGAUGGACCAGAGUGGCUAUGGAUGGACCAUUGCUGACGUCUCUGCUGAGCUGCAUCAUUAAUCAUGCCCUCACAGCUCGUCUGACCAUCAGUCCCAGCAGACCUCAGCUGUUUGAAGAAGACUCUGUGUCUCUGAUCUGUGAGGAGGACGACAGCUCUGCUGGAUGGACGGUGAGGAGAAACACAACCAAGAAGACCAGGACUCAGUGUGGAUCUGGGUGGGGAAAACCUGCUGGUUCUUCCUGUAACAUCAGUGUUGUCUUCACAAGGGACUCUGGAGUUUACUGGUGUGAGUCCAGAGAGGGAGCAACCAGUAACAGCAUCACCCUCACUGUCACUGGUGGAUCAGUGAUCCUGCAGAGUCCUGUCCUCCCUGUGAUGGAGGGAGAUGACCUCACUCUGAGCUGUCAAUCAAAGCCUCCCUCCAACCUCCCAGCUGCUUUCUAUAAAGAUGGCUCCCUCAUCAGGACUGAGUCUACAGGUCACAUGACCCUCCACCAUGUUACCAGGUCUGAUGAAGGUCUCUACAGGUGUAGCAUCAGCAGUCAUGGAGAGUCUCCACCCAGCUGGAUCUCUGUCACAGAGAAACCCACCACCACACCUCCUCCUACAUCCACACCCCCCCCUACAUCCAUCCCUCCCCCUACAUCCACCCCUCCUCCACCCGGUCCUCCACUCUCUGUGCUGUUGCCUGUUCUUUGUCUCCUUGCUGUGGUCCUACUGGUGUUACUGGUUCUACUGGGAAGACGACACAUUCUCAGAAAAUCUAAAGCUGAUGAUGAAGAUGAAGAGGAAGGCAUCACGUACAGUGACAUCCAAAUAUCACAUGGUGGACAGCAGGACAUCAGCAGACACAGAGACACUGAACCAGCCAUCAUCUACUCAGCAGUGAUGACACCAGAUGUCAGUUAUGGACAAAUAAUCAUCCAGAACCAGCAAAAGAAGAGAAAGAAAAGAGAGCUUCCAGCGGAGCCAGACGUCAUCUACUCCUCACUGAGGUAGUCCACCAGUCCAACCACUGAUGUCCUCUGCUGGAUCAAACUGGUUCAGACCAGUUUUUAAACAUCUUUACUGUCUUCUCUAAAUUAUUCCAUUAAUAAUAAGUUUCCUCUCAUUCAGUGUUCAGCUCAGAAAUACCAGCUCAGUGUCAUGAAUGUAAAUUUCUGGUAAAUUCUUCAGAGAAUCAGAACUUUGAUGUAAUUUAGGUUUUAUCUUUGAUGUGUGGACUCUGCUCUGGUAAACAUUUUAAGACUCUGGUUUCUUGUCUCACGUGGUUCACCUGUGAAGAUCUUUGGGUUUUAACAAAGCAAAGACUUUAACUUGUCCCAGUUUGGCUGUGGCUAACCUACAUAAACCUCUUCUCAGAGCGGUGAACGGAGAACAUGAAGCCACAACCGCAGGUUAAAACAGCUGGAACAUUGUUCAGUCAGCAAUAUGAUAGAAUAUAUGAAAAAAACCUCUUUAGUUCAUGUUUGUUAAGAUUUUUAAUUGUUUUAUUAAUGUUUUUAACCUCCUAUAAUCUGACAUCAUGAUGAUGUACAGAAAAUAUAGACGUUUACACCGAUAGAUAGAUAGAUAGAUAGAUAGAUAGAUAGAUAGAUAGAUAGAUAGAUAGAUAGAUAGAUAGAUAGAUAGAUAGAUAGAUAGAUAGAUAGAUAGAUAGAUAGAUAGAUAGCAUCUUCAGCUACCUUUUAGUCUCUGGAUGCACCUGAAGGCAGCUACCUUUUAGUCUCUGGAUGCACCUGAAGGCAGCUACCUUUUAGUCUCUGGAUGCACCUGAAGGCAGCUACCUUUUCUUUGCUCUAUGACUUCAUGAUCCUCGGCACAGUUUCCAGACUGCAGCCUCUCUUCUGACAGCUGAUGAUAUUCAGCUCUUCACUCCCUCUACUGGACACUAGAGGAACUACAGCAGAUAAAACUCCAUUUAGUUUGAUUCAGGUGUGUUGAAGCAGGAAUACAUUAAAUCCUGCUGGAUUGUGGCUCUUGUAGGACUGAAUCUCUGUUCCUCUGGCUCCUCCUCUCAGAUCUGAUCAUUAAUAGUUUCAUUAAAUCCUCACAUCACGGUGUGUGUGUCAGUAAACAGGACGUUGCUGCAGAUCUUCAUGUUUUGUUUACAGAUUUCAUUUUUGAACACGUUCUGUGUGGAGUCUGCAUGUUCUCCUCGUGUAUGUGUGGGUUCUCUCUGGUUGUAAAUGGUUGUUUGUCUCUCUGUGUCGGCCCUGCGAUGGACUGGUGACCUGUCCAGGUGUACCUGCCUCUCACCUGUUAAUGCUGGGACAGACUCCAGCUUACCUGCGACCUGUAAUGGACAAAGCAGUACAGAGAAUGAAUGAAUGGAAGAUUUAAAUUUUCCACUUUGAUUGUUUAAACUGUAAAUCUGAAGUUUUUUGUUCUGUGAAGACGAUGUCUGAAUGUCUGUACUUUCUGGAAAGUAUUUGUUUUAAUAGUGUAUAGAUGUUAUUAUUACUGUUUUAAUGUGAUGCUUUUAUACAGAUUAUUUUUAUAUUGGAUUUUAUUUCUUUUAUUGGCUCUAAUUAAAAAGCACUUUGU